ACUUACGAUCCUCCCCUUCUACUCGGCUUCGUCUCGGGCAAACACCAGAUUGUACCUUUUUUAGCCGCUCCUUGUUUGAAGAAGCACAUGCCCUCAUGUGUUCCUCAGCUCCCGCCACCGUAGCGGGAAGGGCGGCUUCGAAGCCGACCGACAAGAUUGCAGCUUUGAAGCCGACGGAGAAGAUGGCGGCGGACUUUGUAAUCGGCGGUGCUGCCGCUGUGUUAGCGAAAACUGCGGCGGCCCCGGUGGAGAGGGUCAAACUCCUUCUCCAGAAUCAGGGAGAGAUGCUGAAGAGGGGGCAUCCCAUGAGGCCUUAUCAAGGAAUUCGUAAUUGCUUCGUUAGGGUUCUCAGGGAGGAGGGUAUUUUCUCCUUCUGGAGAGGGAAUCAAGCCAAUGUCAUUCGUUAUUUACCCACCCAGGCCUUCAAUUUUGCAUUUAAGGGCUACUUUCAAGCCAUAUUUUCAUCUUCAAUGAAGGAUGGUUAUGCUACAUGGUUAGCUGGAAAUGUAGCUUCCGGUGGUGCCGCCGGAGCAAUAACUUCGUUACUCUUAUACCAUUUGGAUUAUGCACGGACUCGACUUGCCACAGACACGUUUGAUCGCCAAGCAGGCAGUCAGCGCCAGUUUAAAGGGCUUCUGGAUGUUUACAAGAAGACCCUUUCUAGCGAUGGUUUUGUUGGCUUGUAUCGAGGUUUUGGGGUGUCACUAAUGGGUAUCACUCUAUAUCGCGGUCUCUAUUUUGGCAUCUAUGACACCAUGAAGCCUAUUGUCUUGGUUGGACCAUUUGAAGAAAACUUCUUGGCCAGUUUUGCUUUGGGAUGGACUGUGACAACUUCAGCCGGGCUUUGCGCCUACCCAUUCGAUACCUUGCGUCGUCGAAUGAUGAUGACUUCGGGACGACCCGACAAAUACCGAAGCUCUUUCCAUGCCUUUCGGCACAUAGUUCAAAGUGAGGGAUUUUUCGUUCUGUUUAGAGGAGCAUGCGCCAAUAUGCUCUCAGGAAUGGCAGGAGCUGGAGUGCUUGCAGGUUACGAUCAGCUCUGUCGUUUCGUCUACCGACAAAGUUAGACUAGCUCUGUAAUAUGCAGGGAACUACAGAAGGUUGGUUUCAACCGAUCAAAUGUAAGUAAUUCAAAUUACAAACACCUGUAAAUAGCUUCCUGAUUUGAUUUUGAAUUUGUCAUUUGUGCAUAUAUAACUCAUUUGUAUGAUGAGAACUGUACCAUACUCGCAUUGAUUAUCAAUAAGAAAAGGGAAGUUUACAUACCUAGCACAUAAUUCUUAUGUAUUUACAUGUUUUACACAAACUUUCAUAUUUACAUGCGGGGCACUUUGAUGCUUUAACUUCAUGGUUGGAAAUGUGUAGUUCACUUUUUAAAUGCAAUAAUAGUGAUAUUUUUUUAUCUGAUAUUGAAGAUUUGAGCACUAUGUGUGUAAAUAUGAAAGUUCAGAUGUGAGAUAUGUAAAUACAUAUGGAUUGUGUGCCAGCCAUGUAAAUGGCCCCUAAAAAAAAAUUUUUUUUUUGCCCUAUCAAAUACUCUUCUAGUUC